UUUAUCACCGUAAAAAGUCCCCCAGUCUCCAUAUAGUCAACUUCUGUCUCCCACUGAACUGUUUUUGGAUGCAAGUUUUAGAAUUUUUUGUUCUAAAAAAAUUCAUUUUGCAAAUUCUAGAAUUUCACUUAAAUGAUCAUGCAAUAUGUACUCCUCUGGGUGUGGCUUAUUUCAACUAGCAUAAAGUUUUUGAGACUCAUCAUGUUGUAGUUAUCAGUAGUUCCUUUGUAUUUCCAAGUAGAAUUCCACUGUAUGAUUUAGCCCAGGUUAUUGAUCUGCUCCCCAGCUGGUGGACAUUGGGCUGUUUGCAGUUCUCCACCAUCAUGAACAAAGCUGCUAAGAAUGUGUGUGCGCAACUGUUUGCUGGAUGCAGGUCUUCAUUUCAUUUGGGUACAGACCUGGGAGUGGGAUUUCUGGGUUGCACAGUUUAGCAUAAGUUUAACUUUAUAAGAAAGUUUCAAAUUGUUUUCCAGAGAGGUUGUACUGAUUUAUGAUUCUCUGCACCUUAUGAGAGACCCAGGUGCUCUCUAUACCUUUGUCAACAAUUGGUAUUGUCAGUUUUUUGAUUGCAGCCAUUGUGGUGGAUGUGUAGUGGCACCUGAUUAUGAUUUUAAUUUGCAUUUCUCUGAUGAAGACGAUGUCGAGUAUUUUUUAUGUUCUUUUUUAGCUCUUUGUACACCUUGUUUUGUGAAGUACCUGCUCAAACUCUUGGCUCAUUCAUUUAAGUGGUUGGCUUAAGGAGCUGUUUCUUUACAGAUGUCAGGCAGAUGUUUGUAUUUUCUCACAGUAGCGGCUGGUCUUUUCAUUUUGUAAACAGUAUCUUUCAAAGGGAAGAUGUGUUUAAUUUUGAAGAAGUCCAAUUUAUCCAUUUUCGUUUGUUGUGUUUAUACGAUAGGUGUCCUAGCUAGGAAAUAACAGCCUAUCCCAAGGGUGUGAAGGUGUAUAUGUUUUUCUUCUAGUAGUUCUGCAGUCUCAACUUUUAUUCAAGGUCAUUACAGGUUUUGAGCAAGGAGAGGAUAUGGUCUGAUUUAUGUGUUUCAAGUGUCACUGUGCUGUGCUGGGAUGAGACUGGGAGCGGGAUGCAAGCUUGAGGUCCUCGGUGAGGAGGCUCCUCUCAUAGUUCAGCCCUGCACCAGGCCAGGCAGGGUGGAAGUAAAUAGCAGCAAAAUGCCACAAAUGUUUAUCAGCGAUGUCUUCAGGCUUGUUCUGCAUUCCUCCUUGAUGAAUAAUAUCCAACCUGAAGAUUUGUCUUGAGCCUGAAUAUUUCCUGUGCCUUUUACGUUCACUAAAGAAAGUAACUGGUUUUACGUUUUAAUCCUCACAUUGUCAUUCUUCGGGCAUGGUGGCCCAAAGACAACCAGACAGUUCCAUCUAUUCACUCAUGAGAGAUUAAGAUGGCUAAACCAGCACACCUCGUGUCGCUCUCUGCCUCACUUGUUAGGGCUCAUAAAUCCAUGUCUCUGCCUUGGCCACUUCAACUCAUGUAUGACCCUCUCUUUAACUCACGAUUUAUUGCUCUAAGUUACUCUUUUUGCCAGGUUUAUAAAAUGAACUGUUCUUUCUUUAUAUAGUAUCUACUUUGUACACUAGGCAACAAGACAGUUACCGUGAAAAAUUACAUCAGUGCAAAGUGAUUGCCUUUUAGCCUGCAGAGCCAAUUUUUAAUUUUUUUGGAGGGAUGACAUGAGGUCAUGGGAUAAUACAUAUAAUUACUGAUCACAGCAUAAGGAGGAGCAAGUUGGAGGAUCCAGACAACAGGAGCCAAGAAGGAAGACUGCGGCCUCUUGCCAAGCAUGCGUCGGCUGGCCUCCUGCUGUCUGCUCUUCACUGGGUGCUUGCACCCUCUCCUGUCUCUUCCUGUCCUUGACUCCAGGGAAGAGGCCCUGCUGCUCUCUGCACCUGAUGGAGAGGCAAGAUCAGCUUUGGAUGACCUUGAAAGAGCUUCCGUCAGGCAGGCGCUGUGGGAGGUCGGUGCGGAGACUGGUGAUGGUCUUAGGAAAGCCGGUAAAAUGAUUCUUGUGUUUAUAAGCUGCCUGAUUUUAUUGCUACUGAAUUUACUCUCUAUUUUCAUCUACUACUGAGGGAAAACCCUCCUUUGGAAUAUAAAGAUGAACUACAGUACAGUAAGCGCAUUAGCCACCCAGCACUCUCCCUCCUGGCACAAGGUCCCCCCUGCAAUCUUUCCUUUUACUCAGCAGCUACUCGCAAGCAUCACAUUCUCCUGGGCACCUCAGCGCAUUUUCUCUUGUAUGGGUUUUUACUAGGGGUGCAAUGGGGAGAUGAUGGUAUCAUCCCAAUUUCCAAUUAAGUGCAAUUAAAAAUUUUGGUUUCCCACUUACUGAAAUGUUAAGGAAAUCAUUUUAUCUUUCUGUACCUUGGGUUUUCCAUCAGUAAACAGAAAUGAUAAAAAUACCCACCUCAAAAAACUCCAACUCAUUCAGAACCAUUGACAAGAAAAUGCUCAGGAUAUUUGGGAAACAAAAUGGAACCUUUUAAUAGACAUUGUUUAACAGAAAGGAGUUCAUUUGUUAUAAAAUAUUUUUGAUAAAUCCUGAACGGCUAACUUACUGAAUGCAGGGCCGCCUGUGAACUCCCAGGUCAGAGACAACAAGGGUGCCUAUCUGCCUUCAAGGAAAUAAUGCUUCA